UCUUGUUCUUCCGUCCUUACUUCGAUCGAUGCUCGAACCUUGUCAUCAGGAAAAACGCGACAGAUCAUCUUCGUUUAUGAAUCGGUGUUUUAUUCCUCCAAGAAUGCAGUUUGGCCGUAAAUUUCCGGGUUGUUUGAGAGUGUAGCUCCAAUACUAACUCACCGUCGUACGGGAAUUGGAGUCGUUCUGAUAUGGUGGGCUUUACAGGGUCGCUAAAGUUGCGUAUUUAUGGAGCGAAGGAGUUGAAACCUUCCGCCAAAUACCAUUGGGGUGUGAAAUUAUCUGUAAUCAACCCUUAUUUGUUGGUCAAAGUGGACGAUGUUCAAAUAUAUCAGACUUCGUCCGGGACUAAAACUUCAACGCCAGUUUGGAACGCAAGCUGUGAUGCAAACAUCGAAAAUGGGCACAAACUAGAAUUCACUGUAUUCCACAAUUCGGUAAUGCCUCCUGAUCCAUUUAUUGCCAACAGCUCAGUGUUAUUUGAAGAAGUCAUCAAGACAGGGCUCUCGGAGUUCUGGAUUCCCCUGGAACCACAUGGCCAAGUUCAUGUAAACAUCGAACUUAAAACAGCCCAUCGUGUGUUUAAAGAAAACCCCGGUGGAAUAAACCGAAGAAGAGGGGCCAUGAGAAGAAAAAUUCAUCAAAUAAAUGGCCACAAAUUCAUGGCCACUUAUCUUCGCCAGCCAACGUUUUGUUCUCAUUGCAACGACUUUAUUUGUAUGCACAUGUGUUGUACAUAAGAGAUGCCAUACCAUGGUUGUUACAAAAUGUCCAGGAACACGACAAGACCCAAGCAGUGCAGAAGUAAUCUUUGGCAAUGGAUCAUUUCGAUUUAAGAUGGAUGUACCACAUAAGUUUGCCGAACACAACUAUAAGCGGCCAACAUUCUGUGAACUUUGUGGUUCUUUACUCUAUGGGUUACUUCGACAAGGAGUUCAGUGUUCAGCUUGCAAGAUGAACGUCCACAAAAGGUGCCAAAAUUUGGUUGCUAAUAACUGUGGUGUUAACCCUAAAGAAAUGGCCAAAACACUAGAAAUAAUGGGGUUGUCUGCAAAUGAAAUGCAUGUUCAAUCAGUUCAUAGCAAGAAAUCAUCAAUCACAUCGGUUCCCUCUGUUACUGGUUCAAACAUGAAUGCUGGUAAAGUCAUGCCAGGUAGAACACAGUCAAGUCCAGCAAUCGUUCAGCCCAGUGGAGACAAAAACGGUGAGCCUGGGAUGUUCCAUAUGCAAGAUCGCAAGACAUCACCCGGAGAAAGAAGAAGAAUCUUAAUCAGAAAAUUAGCAUUACGGGACUUUACUUUUUUAAGAGUUCUUGGUAAAGGCAGUUUUGGAAAGGUCUUACUAGCCGAGAGAAAAGGAAGUUCAGAAGUGUAUGCUAUCAAAAUUUUGAAGAAAGAAUCAGUUUUACAAGAUGAUGAUAUAGAAUGUACAAUGAUAGAAAGAAGGAUUCUGGCGCUAUCGGCUGGACAUCCAUUCCUCACGUCAUUACACUCGUCGUUCCAGACAGAGGCUAGACUGUUCUUUGUCAUGGAAUAUGUGAAUGGUGGUGAUUUAAUGUUCCAAAUACAAAAAGCAAGGAAAUUCGAUGAGAACAGAUCGAGGUUUUAUGCAGCGGAAGUAGUUCUUGCAUUACAGUUUCUCCACCAACAUGGAGUCAUUUACAGGGAUUUAAAACUAGAUAAUGUGUUACUAGAUGCCGAAGGUCAUGUUAAACUGGCUGACUUUGGAAUGUGUAAAGAAAACAUGGCUCCAGGCAAGACAACAACGACAUUCUGUGGUACACCAGAUUAUAUUGCACCGGAGAUAUUACAAGAGCUGCCGUACGGUUUCUCGGUUGAUUGGUGGGCCUUGGGUGUUCUUAUGUAUGAAAUGAUGGCUGGACAGCCUCCUUUCGAAGCAGAGAACGAAGAAGACUUAUUUGAAUCGAUUUUAAAAGAUGAUGUGUUAUAUCCGGUAUGGUUGACUAGAGAAGCUGUUUCAGUUCUAAAAGGGUUCAUGACGAAAAGUUUCCACAAGCGACUCGGCUGUGGCACGAUGGGUGAACAGAGCAUUAGAGAACAUCAGUUCUUCCGACCAAUUAACUGGGAGAAACUCGCAGCACGGCAGGUGGCGCCUCCGUUUAAACCUAAGAUCAAAUCUCGAACGGACGUCGGUAACUUUGACACAGACUUCACUCGAGAAGAACCUAGGCUGACACCAAUCGAUAAAAACGUUAUUACAAACAUCGACCAGAAGGAAUUCAAGGAUUUCUCUUAUGUUAAUUCGCGUUUCGUUUAGUGUAAUAUAGUAUGUCUUGAAUUUGACGCCAUGCAUUUACCCGUCAUGCUACGCAAUCUUCAUGUACAGAUAUGGUCAUGAAAAGCUGUUUAGAACCAAGUAAUCUGUAUUAUUCAUAUAUGGUCACGUGCCAUCUAGCUAAAACCACGUGGUCUUCACUGAAGUUAAUCUGAUUUGCACAGGCCCACGUGAUAAAGUUGUGUAUUUAAAUGUGGUCACGUAAGACUAUCAGAAUCACGUGGUCAUCUUCACGUGAUCAUAUGUGAACUGAACUUCUGUUUCACAGAAUAAGCCUUUAAAGCUGCAAGUCAAUUGCAAAUUGUUACUUUAACUGAUUCCCUUUAACAGAUUAUUUGUUCAGACGACUUGGCCAAACAUUAAUGAUCUAAUAUCAAGCAAUUUUUUUUACGACUAGGAUUCGAUUUUUUAUUUUUAUUUUGUAAAUGUUGUUUGCUUCUUUCACUCUAGUUCAUCUACUAUCUAAAUGACUUUCGUUAAAACAAAUCGGAGAUCAAAUCUAGAUAACAAAGUUGGCCUACCUGUAUUUUGCUUUGUAUUGAAGAAAGUACUAAUUAAAUUGGGCUGCCUUUGUUGUGUAAUUAUCGAGGAAGAUUCAACACCAAUACAAAGGUAACCCAAAGAUUUUCUUAACAAAGCAAAGGACCAACUUUCCGAGAAUGAAUACAACAUGACUGGCGAAUAUGUUUUCAAUCGUAUUUGUAAAUAAUCCACCUUAUUAUGCUAGAGUAACGAGUAUUUUUAGCGUUAAUUUAAUUUUCGACAAAUUUUCAGGCGUUUUUAUCUAAGGCAAAGAAUGUACAAUUCAAUAAUAUUAUUUUAUCGAGUAAUACAAUUAAUAGUUUAACGUUA